GGCUCCCUGCUUGGCUUCUCUGGGAUUGGCCUAGAGAACCUACCAAUAGGGAGCCCGCAGAGGCGGGCCCAGGCCUCCACCGCUCGAGGAAGACCAGCAAAAUUCAAGUUGGCUGCUGCGAGGGCUCGGCGCGGGGGAGGGGCAGCAGGUUUUCCCCACUGGAAUUCUGAAUCCCCAGGCCCCCUCCACCAUGGCCAACAGGGGUGGGGGCCGGGGGCGUGGCCGGGGCCAGCUGACCUUCAACAUGGAGGCGGUGGGCAUUGGGAAGGGCGACACUCUGCCCCCACCCACCCUGCAGCCUUCUCCACUCUUCCCUCCUUUGGAGUUCCACCCAGUACCUCUGCCCUCUGGAGAGGAAGGCGAGUAUGUCCUGGCGCUGAAGCAGGAGUUACGGGGGGCCAUGAGGCAGCUCCCCUACUUUAUCCGGCCAGCUGUCCCCAAGAGAGAUGUAGAGCGGUACUCAGACAAAUAUCAAAUGUCAGGACCAAUUGAUAAUGCCAUCGACUGGAACCCUGAUUGGCGCCGCCUGCCCCGGGAACUGAAGAUUCGUGUGCGAAAGUUACAGAAGCUGGAGCGAACCACCAUUCUACUCCCCAAGAGGCCCAUCAAGACCACAGAAGAUAAAGAGGAAACAAUACAGAAACUAGAGACCCUGGAGAAGAAGGAGGAGGAAGUGACUUCAGAGGAAGAUGAGGAGAAAGAAGAAGGAGAAGAGAAAGAAGAGGAAGAUGAGGAGGAAUAUGACGAGGAAGAACAUGAAGAGGAAACUGACUAUAUCAUGUCGUAUUUUGACAAUGGCGAAGAUUUUGGAGGUGACAGUGAUGACAAUCUGGAUGAGGCUAUAUACUGAAGAAGGACCCUAAACAUCGCGCUCUGGACUUUCAUGUCUUUCUUGAUUUAGGAUACAGCAAGUCACUGUCCCUAUAUUUGGGUUUGUUGACAAGCAUAUCAUUUGCUCACAGAUCAGGUCAACUGUUGGAAUCCUGGAGACAAAAAGGGAGAAUGGUAACAGCUCUCUUUUCCCUUCCCUCUAUCCCUCCCUUGAUAAUUUUUGAAAUCCAUGGGGAAAGGACAAAGAACCAAAUGUCUUAAUUGCAGGAAAGGGAGAGAGUUGAAACAGUAGAAAUUGCCAGAAUCAAAGCAGCUGUACACACCCCCCUCCGCCAUCCAUUUUUUAUAGCUUUGGGAGAUUAUGGGGGAGUGGGGCAGCUAGAAUUAAGGUCAGUUUUCUACCUUUAAAUAAAUGUUUUUAUUUGUC